GCGGGGCGGAGCGGAGCGGCGGCGGAGAGGGAGCGAGAGCGGCGGGGGGUCGCGGCCAUUAGGCGGUGAUGUACGCCGUGCUGCCGUGUCCCCUGGGCCAGGAGGCCACCCCUCCCGGCGUUAAUCUCACCGACUGAGCCGCUCUGGAGGCAGACCAGAAAGAAAAGAUCCUUUGAAGAACCCUAGAGCAUUAAACCUGAAAACCUGUCUGGAUGCCUUGGGAGUUUCUGGAACUCUUGCAAGAGCUGAUAAUGUAGAGGUCGCUCCUUCGAUUAGAAAGUGUUUCAGGCACAAUGGCAGAUCCCAUCCGCUGGGCCAGAUACCGUUGGCAGCGACUGAUAUCUACAGAGGGCGGAGAAGGUAGCAGCAGCAGCAAUUCAAGUAACAAGUGCUAUCAAUCAUCAAAAACUAUUGGCAAACAUAGGGUAGUGAUACCCUGUUUGGGACAUUUUAAGGAAGAGUAUGAAAAAGUAUCAAAACUGUACAUGAACAACAAAAUACGGACUACUAAGUAUACAUUAUUGAAUUUUUUACCACGGAAUUUAUUUGAACAAUUUCACAGAGUUGCCAAUUUGUAUUUCCUAUUCCUAGUUGUCCUAAAUUGGAUUCCUCUGGUGGAAGCCUUCCAAAAAGAAAUUACAAUGCUACCUCUAGUAGCGGUUCUGACAAUUAUUGCAGUGAAAGAUGGUCUGGAAGAUUACUCAAAGUACAAAAUGGAUAAACAGAUAAACAACUUACUAACCAAAGUAUAUAGCAGGAAGGAGAAGAAAUACGUAGAUGAAUGCUGGAAAAAUAUCAAUGUUGGGGACUUCAUCCGGCUUUCACGUAAUGAAAUCAUUCCUGCUGACAUGGUGCUGUUAUAUUCUAGUGACCUGGAUGGGAUCUGUUACAUUGAAACGGCAGGCCUUGAUGGAGAAACCAAUCUAAAGCAGAGGCAGGUGGUGAGAGGAUACUCAGAGCAGGUCUCUGAAAUUGAUCCAGAAAAAUUUUCCAGUAGAAUAGAGUGUGAAGGUCCUAACGACGACCUCAGUCGCUUCCGAGGCUUUGUUGAACAUUCAAACAAGGAUCGAGUGGGCCUCAGCAAGGAAAACUUACUGCUCCGAGGAUGCACAGUAAGAAACACAGAAGCUGUUGUAGGCAUAGUGGUGUAUGCAGGUCAUGAAACCAAAGCCAUGCUGAAUAACAGCGGCCCUCAUUACAAGCGCAGUAAAUUGGAAAGAAAAGUGAACACGGAUAUUCUUUGGUGCGUUCUGCUUCUAAUUUUGAUGUGUUUAACUGGUGCAAUAGGCCAUGGAAUUUGGUUAAGUAGAUAUUCGGAAAUACCAUUUUUCAACAUCCCUGAGCCAGAUGGGAAAUUGAUUCCUCCAGCAUUAGCAGGGUUCAAUAUGUUCUGGACGAUGAUCAUUUUAUUACAGGUCUUGAUCCCAAUUUCUCUCUAUGUUUCAAUUGAAAUUGUCAAAUUGGGACAAAUUUAUUUAAUACAGAAUGACAUUGAUUUUUACCAUGAGAAAACAGACUCAACAAUUCAGUGUCGAGCACUGAAUAUUGCUGAAGACCUUGGCCAGAUUCAGUAUAUCUUCUCUGACAAGACUGGAACUCUCACUGAAAAUAAGAUGGUUUUUCGGAGAUGCAGCAUUGCAGGACAGGAGUAUUGCCAUGAGGAAAAUGCAAAGAGGUUGGAAUCCUAUCAAGAGUUGGAUUCAGAGGAUGAGGAUUCAGCUGAUCGUCAGUGUGGCUCUUCGACCCAUAUGUCAAAACAUCCAGGGCACAACUGCAGAGCUGUGAAUGAACCUUUGAACAGAAAGUCUUUGAAUCAGUUCUCUGGGAGUUACCCUGCAGUAGGAAGGGAAGAUGGAGCAGGUGAUGUUCCCCACCCAGGACAUGUUGCUUUCAGCAGCCCCAUUGAAACGGAUGUUGUACCGGACACACAACUGCUGGAGAAGUUCAGUCAAAUUUCUUCUCAUUCCUACCAACAAUCAGAAGAAGCAAGCAGCGAGUCAUCUUUGGAGACAAUGUACAUCGCUGACUUUUUUCUUGCUCUGGCAAUCUGUAAUACUGUUGUAGUUUCAGUCCCCAAUCAGCCACGUCAGAAGAUGCGACUCUCUUCGCUGGGUAGGAUGCCUAUUAAAUCGCUUGAGGAAAUCAGGCAGAUGUUCCAGAGAUUGUCAGUGCGGAGACUAAGUUCCUCCCCAGCUCCAAGUGUGAAAGAGGCAUCAUCUGAAAGCCCCAAUAGUUUUGUGAGCAAACUGUCUCUUUUCAGAAUGAAACUGGCUUCACCUGCUUUGGAUGGAGCUGCUCAAAGGGCUGCUGAACCUCACAGUACUGAGAGCCCAGAAAAUUCCCAAGUGCCUCAAGAACUAGAUAUGGUGAAUGUAGCUGCUGACAGUGAACCCAGCAGCGCUGCAUCAUCUAUUGAAUUGUCUCCCUUACCUAAACUAUGUUACGAAGCCGAGAGUCCAGAUGAAGCUGCCUUGGUUCAUGCUGCUAGGGCUUAUAGAUGUAUUUUACAGUCUAGGGCGCCAGAUCAGGUAACUGUGGACUUCGAAGGUCUGGGAUCUUUAACGUUUCAGCUUUUGCAUAUCCUGCCCUUUGAUUCAGUGCGGAAAAGGAUGUCAGUGGUCGUUCGGCAUCCAGUCUCCAACAAAGUGGUGGUGUACACGAAAGGUGCAGACUCAGUCAUGAUGGAUUUGUUGAGAACUGCAUCUGAAGGUGGUAUUAAUAAUAAUUCAGAAAUGGAACAGAAGAAGAUUAAAGAGAGAACUCAGAAGCAUUUGGACGACUAUGCCAGAAGAGGGCUUCGCACUCUGUGUAUUGCCAAGAAGGUGAUGAGUGAUGCAGAAUAUGCAGAAUGGUUAAAUCAUCAUUUUUUAGCAGAAACCAGUAUUGACAACAGGGAGGAGCUGCUGCUUGAAUCUGCCAUCAGGCUUGAGACCAAACUAACUUUGCUCGGUGCCACUGGCAUUGAAGAUCGCCUGCAGGAGGGUGUUCCAGACACAAUACAGGCACUACGGAAAGCUGGAAUAAAAAUAUGGAUGCUGACAGGUGACAAGAGAGAGACAGCUGUCAAUAUUGCCUAUGCUUGUAAACUGCUGGAGCCAGAUGACAGAAUCUUCACUCUCAAAUCACAGAGUAGGGAUGCCUGUGCCUUGGUGAUGAGCAAAAUUCUAGAAGGCAUCCAAAAGAAUACUUCUACAAAAAAAAAACCCAGUCAGAAACUUGGGAAUGUCUCUGCAAGUCCCUCCACCCAAGCUCCAGGGUGCAGUGCAGGCCUGGUUAUUGAUGGAAGGUCUUUAGAGCAUGUCCUUCAUGACAGUCUACAGAAUAUUUUCUUGGAACUCACAGAAAAAUGUCGGGCUGUAGUCUGCUGCCAAGCCACGCCACUGCAGAAGAGUGUCCUGGUCAGACUGGUGCGGAAUAAGCUAAAGGCAAUGACCUUAGCUGUAGGUGAUGGUGCCAAUGAUGUCAGUAUGAUCCAGGUGGCUGAUACUGGUGUGGGAAUAUCGGGCCAAGAAGGCAUGCAGGCUGUGAUGGCAAGUGACUUCGCAAUCUCUCAGUUUAGACACCUCAGGAAGCUGCUGCUUGUUCAUGGUCACUGGUGUUAUACCAGACUUACCAACAUGGUGCUUUACUUUUUCUACAAGAAUGUGGCCUAUGUGAAUCUCCUGUUCUGGUACCAGUUCUUCUGCGGGUUUUCAGGCACAUCCAUGACUGACUACUGGAUCUUGAUUCUUUUCAAUCUCCUUUUUACAUCGGUGCCACCCAUCAUUUAUGGCGUCUUGGACAAAGAUGUGUCUGCAGAGAUGCUCUUGCAGCUCCCCCAGCUGUAUACGAUGAGCCAGAAAUCUGUGGCUUACUUACCGUCAGCUUUCUGGAUAACCUUGCUGGAUGCUUUUUACCAAAGUCUCGUUUGCUUUUUUGUGCCUUACUUUACGUACUACGGCUCAGACAUAGACGUUUUUUCUUUUGGAAACCCUAUAAACACAGCAGCGCUCUUCAUAAUACUGUUUCACCUUCUCAUUGAGUGCAAGUCUGUGACAUGGAUACAUACAGUAGUUAUAGCUGGCAGCAUCCUGUUCUACUUUGUCUUCGCUCUGGCUUUCGGGGCCACCUGCAAAACGCACAACCCACCAUCAAAUCCUUACUGGAUCAUGGAAAAGCACAUGACAGAUCCGGUAUUUUACUUAGUUUGCCUCCUGACUACUUGUGUUGCUCUGCUACCCAGAUACUUGCUGAGAGUUCUCCAAGGAACAUUGUUUCCGUCUCCAGUGUUGAGAGCCAAGCACCUUGACAGACUGACCCCCGAGGAGCAGAGGGAAGCCAUUAGGAGAUGGAAAGAUGACGGCAUUGUAAACUGUAGAGUGGAGUUCCAGGCUGCUUCUGGGUCUCCCAGCUCAGCCACGGGUGCUGUACUGGAGGGAGAAAGCAAUGCCAGUGUUUCGCCAACAUCUAAAACACCUUUUCAGGCCUGUUCGGGAGAUGGGUUAGUAGAGGACACCGCCUUCUUACCAGACACUCAGGAUGAGCCUGGGAAUACAAAUGGCUUGAACUCUGAAAAGACCGUGUUUCUCAAUUUGUCAGAGGAAACUAAUUCAGACGCAUUUGGCGGUAAUAACUCAUGUGCCACAGUCUCUGCGUGUGCUUCUGAAGAGGGCAGCAGUGCUGCUUCUCCAGCACACAGAGCAGGUUUGAGUUCUGUUUUGCGUGAAGAUGCUUCAAUGUAUUUUACAAAGCUGGAAUGCUAACUGUUUAAACCCAAGAGUAAUAACUGCUGAUUUAUGCUCUGUUGUGGUUUUGUUUUCUUCAGCUUUUCUUAAAAGCUUUUAGCUUUUUUGUUUAUAAAGCUUUUCAAUAAUUUAUUAAGAUGUUCAAGAUCUAAAUGUCUGGGUUGGUUUUUUUUAUAUUUUCUUCACACAGUAGACUUUGCAUACUGCUUAUUUCUUGUAUGCAACAUUGCAUAAUACCUCCUGGUGUUAUGGACAGGACAUGCCCUGAACAUGGAUUUGCAGGAUGCAGUUCAGGUAAGCCAGCCUGCUCCCUUGCACUGCUACCCUAAAAUCCCAGCGUUUCCUGGGCUUCCCCACUUGCUGAAGUAUGAAGUAAGCAGAAGAGCUGGGAUGUAGCGUUGUCACCGGCUGGCUUGGUGCAAGACUUCUCCAGUAUGUGUGUUGAGUAAUUGUUUUAGCCAUCAUGGUCCAGUUUGCUCACCGGGCUCUUGUGUGGGCCAGCGCGGUGCUGGCCAAGCACAAUUCUAGCCACCAGAAGAGCGGCCCAGAUGAGAUUCGUGUCAUGUGUCUCCCUCGUCUUCCACAAAAAGAGGGAAUCCUGGUGCAGCCUGUUGUUCUCCAUGAUACUUCAUCCUCCUGCUACAUAUCCCUCCUUUUUGUCUCCAUGUCCUGUUUCACGUCAUUCCCCACUGAGUGGACGACUGCUCCUCCUCACCCAACUUGGAUGUUGGCUGCCUGACUUGAAACUCUACCUCAUGCCUGCACUGCAGAGUUGUCUGCGGGCGGCCGUGGGUAGCUCGUCUGUCCUCAGGUCCUCUCCUACAAAUAGCAGCUUCUAGCUGACGACAUGACUCUUCUUCACUCUCCGGUGUUUUUACAUUCUUCCAGACUUUUAUAAUAAACAGCUUAAGUAUCUCUAAAGGCUGCUCAAAAGAAGGUGUAGCCAGUUGCAUGUCCCACAUUUGAGCUGUGUUGCUCCUCUGGCUUGGAGAUGUCCCGCUUCUGCUGGUUUCCCACCGCUCUGCACUGCACAAAAGCUGGCUGAGGGGCAUCUGGCUACUUCUGGAUUCCAGUCUGUCUAAAAUACUGCCACCUUGUUACACGGCCAAUUUAUGGAGGAACUUAGGAAAUUGUUUGUAUCCACUAGCACCUGUUCAAAUAAACAGUUUUCUCAAACUGUAGCUGCUAAUGAAUUAUUAGUAUCGAGCCCAUUUUUUGGUUCUGUUUCUUUCUAAAUCUUUCUGCUUUCAGAUUGCCAAGAUCUGUGUGUUUAUUUUUAGGCACCGUGUUAGGGGCGAGGGCUCUGCUUUUUAAUUGAACCGUGAGCUUUCCAUGUCAAUGAUCAACAUUGCAUGUUCCACAUCUUUUGAGAUCUCUGAAAGAAUUUAAACAAACGCUGUGAGGUCUGAGGCAGCUGCUGCUACGCAGGGCAGAUACCGAGGGCAUGCUAAGUUCAUUCAAAUGCAGGUCACCACAUGUUACCGAAAGUUUAACAACGGUUCUGUUUUGAAAAGGUAGAAUGUAAUGAGGGCUGACUCCAUCCCCAGUGUUAGUGAGGAGAAAAAGAUCCUUUUUGUUUAGCCUGGAGAAGAAAAACAGUGGAAGGGGCCAGUGAUGACAGCCAUUUCUGCAAAUAUUUUUUUUUAAUUUCGUUCAACAUAUGACAAAAUAUUUUGGGUAAGUUCUAACACAAGGUUAGUGGGGACCUUUGAAGUGAUGGCAGACAGUCAAAUUCUAAGAGAUCAUGUUGAGCGUGUUGGUUUGCAGUUUGCUUUUCAGAUGUUUAUCUGUAGCAUCCUUCUUGCUGCAGGGGGCACCUUGCAGGGAGUGGGUUCCAGGUGUCCUGGGUGAAAUACCUUGGCUUUCUCGAUGAGCCAUGGGUACUGCCAGGUGUCCAGGAAGAAGAUGCAAAAUGGAGAUGAGCUGGUACAAGGGCAGGAUCGUAGAGGAACAGACUUGCUAGGACUCGUGAAGUCCUCUGCUCUACUCCACAGCCCCAAGGCAGGCUGGGCUCUACCCCAAUCGUUCCUAGCAGAUGUUCUCCUGGUGUAAAGAGCUCCAAGGGAGGAGGCCAGGAUCGUGCUUUUCUGCCUUUAAAGUCAAAUACUCGUUUUGUUUCUAUUUUCGCACUUGAAUAUUUCUGCACCUUAAAUCUACGGCUCCAGAGAGCAGUUCUGUGGUUCUAGAGGUCCAUGACUCUAGGGCUGAGGUACACUGAGCUCUCGCAGAGGAGCUCUGGGGCCUGAGGGAGCGCAGGGCUCAGCUCUCUCCCCUUCCUAUCACCGUAAUACGCAGUUUGGGGGACAGCACUGGCCUGCGACCUGCCCUCUUGUUGCCUCUGCUGCAGGAGCAGACCCUACCAGCACAUUUGGCAGGAGUUUGCACGUGUAUCAUACAAAAGCUGUAAGCAUUCAAAGUGAGAUCUUCCAAACCUCCCUGUGACUGUAAGCUGUGGCAUCAAAAUAACCAGAGGAAUGAGUGGCGGUCACCUGUCAGAGCCGGGCCCAGCUACACCACACCUCUGGGACACCGAAAUUGCUAUUGCGCGGCUUUUUACAAGCCUGGUCACCCCACUACUCGGUGAGGCCUUCAGUUCUUAACUUGGACGAAGGAUGAUUUCAUCUGGGUCUCAAAGGUGCCAGGCCCUGUGGGCUGCCUUCAAACGUUAGGCCCUUUUAAAAGUUCCUCCGCGCUGGGAUUGUAAGUACUUUUGUAGCACUGGAAGUGAUAAAAUAAUAACAUGCACGUUUGAUUUUUUUUCUUGAUGCGUUGUUUCUACUGAUGGUGCGUGUUGCUUAAAAUUGUCCGCUAUAGGUUGUGUUCUUGUAGAGGACUUUGACAAGCAGUCCAAGUGUUAACAUUAGCCGUUGUGUAAAACCCGAUCUUUUUUUCCUUUUUGUGGACAAACAUCAGAAAUAUCUAAGGGCAGCCUGCUGUCAUCACUUGCUGGUUUUUCCUGGGGGGGAGAUGAGGGUAGUGAGUCUUUAGUAAAAGCUUCAAAAUGUUAAUUGGCCAUAUCUAAAGUGGUGCCAAACGAAGGGCGCAAGCGAAUCACUCUCCCUUUGCUUUUCAACAGUUGAAUGUUUCUUUUAUUAUUUUUUUUUUAGCACUGGAGACGGCAGGAGGCCCCUGCAUGCUUCUGCGCUGCUGCACUUAGGCACAGCAUGACCUGACUUUUCCAUUGUGAAAACAAGCUUUUUUUAUGAUCAUCUCACAGGUGCCUUCCAGAUGUCCCGAAGGAAAGCGCAGCAUUUGCACUUUUGAUUGUCAGGUUAAAACAAAUCAAAGCAGCUACCUUCAACUACCCCAAACUUUGUAGCUACACCUAGAGCAGCUUUAACUCACUUUUUGUUGUGCGAUAUUUUAUGACCUGGAAGAAAACCUGCUUUUUUUAAAAUGAAAUUUUUAACAUUUUUUAAUUUUUUUUUCUUUUUUUUCACAGCAGCCACACCGGUGCUAACCAUUUGCAGGUGGCGGCCAGCCACAGCUUUUCCUGAGCACAGGGAGCUUUGGUGUGUCCCUGGGACAGGGUUUGAGCCGAACGUGUGACCCAGGUGCUGGCUCUGUCCCCAGCCCCGCGGGCUGCAGCAGGGGCUGAGGUGCAGCAGGGGCUGAGGCGCAGCUCGGGCAGAGCACCCACCGCUCCGCCAGCCCGGCCCUGGCUCUCUGCGGGGGCCGGUGGGCAAGUUCUGAAGGCGACUGUGCUAAGAACCUUCUCGUAGCUGAAUUUCAGUCUGUUUAUUCUAUUAUUUUUCCUGUUUUAUCCUGGGUGUGUUACUCUUGCCCUCAUGGUCGCGGAUGCCUUACUCUUGACUGCAGUGGAAAGGCAAAUUUUAACUAUUUGAAGUUUGUGCAUGCUUGUUAUUUUGAUUUCGGCAUGUGUACAGGUCGUUGAAAAGCUGCGUACCACUUAAAAGAAGAUGGUUGCUCCGAAGUAAUUGCGUUCCUGAGGAAAGCCAUACAACAAAAUGUGUCCAGAGAAAUUUGAUUGCAGCUUUAGUUUUUCAGAUUUUUCAAGCCAGAGUAGCUGUUGGCAGCGGUAUUCUUGGCAAUAUUCUAAAAGUUGUACAGCGGUAGUGCCAGAUCCUCCGCAAGUGGUUUUAAUGCUAACGAGGGCAUCAGGGCUGCUUAAAAAAACUAGAUAAAGCUAUGCAAAUAUCUUUUUUUAAGCUAUUUUUAGGCAUUAUUGCUAAUGUUAUAACUUCACACCUCCAUAUUGUCAUUGAGUCUCUCUCUAAAGAUUAAAACACAUUUUCAACAGAGAAGUUACUUGGAAAAUGAUUGUAAAUUUUUAUUAAUAUAGCUAGAAAGACAGACAUCUGCUUGACUGUGUGACGUUGCUUCCAUUCGGAGCUACAGCCAUGGUAGAAGUAAAACCAACAAUUGUUACCUUACAGGGAGGCCACACUUGUCAGAGAAACAGCGUAAGUGGGAUCAAAGGCGUUGUGUCGGCACGAGGGAGAGGCUUGAUGCAGGGGGAGGAGGCGUAUGUUUGUCUAUUUCAUGUGCACGCAUAAAAAAAGCAGUAUAAAAAUACAUUUAUAAAAUUACAAAUUUCCUCUUUACAUGGAAUGUUGUGUCAGACACAGUUGUGGGGAAGGAAAAGACCCGACUGCUCCCUCCUACAGCCAUGUGGGAUGGGGCUCAGCCUGUGGCUUCUUCAGCCCCAUCCCAUACCGGAGGGGGCUGGACCAUACAUUUAAGCAGGACUCUCCCUUGCUUCCUGGGAGGGACUGCUUGGAAACUGGUGGCAGGCUAAACCCAGUUAAUUAAAAUGUGUAACUACAGAUUAUCAUUGGGUAGUGCUAAUACCUACGUGAAAUGAUUAUACGUGCUUUACAAGAUUCAGAGCUGCUAACCGCUUCACCUGGCGGAGAGGCGUCAGGCUGGGCUGUUCCUUACGCGGCAGCACCUCUUUGGUUUUACCUCUGGAAAAGAGACCUCGCAGAAGCCCUGCCUGUCACGAGGGACGGUGGGAUGGGCUGGCUCCAACAGCCCCUGGGCCACCAGCUCCAUAGCUCUCAGUAACUAGCUCUGGGAUGUUGAGAUCCCAGCUGCAGGGACCCUGGCCUCAGAGAAAAGCUAGAGAGCUCCAGCUUCCAUAUCCUUGAGGCAAGGGCAUCAAUAACCUGCGUCAUCUGUAACCUACUCGCACUGGGAAAAAUAUGGCCACAGCUGCUUUCUCUCUUUUAUAGCUGGGGGAAGAAGAGCAUUUGUAUGUUAUAGUGAAAACAAACCCAAACUUAGCAAAGCCUUGAAGCGUUUCCUUUCUGAGCAUGAAACAGUGAUACAAUAGUCACUUAAAUAGUUUCAAAAUCCAUAACAUAAAUAUUGAAUAUUAAUAAUGCUGUCUAGAGCACUGUCUAUUAUGUAUAAUGUUAAGCGUGUUAAAGGAGAUGAUAUGGAAAUAGGAGAUAAACCUUCACUAAAGCAAUAGUCAGAUCUACGUAGGUUAGGUGUAACAUGGUUAAUGGGACCUGAAAUGUCCAUUAGUUAGCUCUGUUAAUGCAUGUUUCCACAUACGGCAGUCAUGGUAUUGACAAGGCCCUGCCAUGCUGUCAUGGGGGCAUGCCAGAGGUAGCAGAGAGGCUCGUUAUAUGCCUUAGGCUGGAGUCACAGGGGACCGGGCACACCACUGAAAACACGCGCAUUGUAAAUGCAUUGCUCCCUGGUGAAACGCAUCCUGUAAUCCUCAGGUUCCCAACUCCUCCUGCUCUGGCCUCGCAAAAGCUGUGAGCUGCGCAGGACGUUCCCUACAGCAGUGGAUGAGACACAUCUCCCCCCUAGCACCGUAAUGAGGUGCCAGGAGCCUUUUUAAGGUUUUUCAACCAGACUCUUGGCGUGAAGGCUCAGCCUCUCACCUGCUGCACGGAGCAUGCCACUAUCUGGCUACCAACCACUUGAGCAGGGCUCCUCAAGCCUCUGCUGAUGAAGCUGUUCUGUGCUACUUUGAUUAGCGUAUUUCUAAAUAUUCACUUCAGCAGAAGCUAGGAUCCAACUCUUCUCUCAUUCCGAUUUCUUUCUCCCAAUUGUUCAAUCUUGCUAAGCAAAACAAAAUCUUCAAUGCAAAAUACUAGAAAAGACCUAGCCAAAAAUACCCAGUUUCCCAGUAUCUGGACUGCUGACACCAUCUUUUACACCUUAAAUCUGCAUUUUCCAUAUCUCACCCGAUGUUCAAAGCAGCUGACUCAAGUUGGGGGAACCAUUGCAGUGGCACUGCCCAGGCUCUUAUGUUUUUAGAGGACUGGAGAUGUUCAAUGCACGCUGUAUAGGCUGAAGACACUAUAAAAAAUGGGGAAAAAAGCCAGCAGGGCAUAGGUUUGAUAAAUGUGCUAAUUGGUGUAGUGCUGUCAAGACAUGGGUGGUUCCUGGGCACAUUAAAACGUUGGAAGCUUCAGAAAAUUAAGUAGCGGAAACUGUCCAAAGAGUCUGAACAACUCAGUUUUGGUCUCAGGUGCCUCAGGUGGUAGUUAUGGGUCUGUUGGCCCAUUGGUCCCUCCAUUGCCUCGCAGAGGUCCCCAUGCUGGCUCUGGGAACAGAAGCUGUGGAGUCAGGAUGGUGCAGGGUUCUGCCCAUGCAAGUCGGCCACCCUGAGGGACAGAAUGCAUUCGUUCAUGCUCAUCACCAGCACGUGGCUACGCACCUUCGGAUGUGCCCUGUGCCACAUGGACGGACAAACUCAAUGCCCUCUCCCACACCCUCUGGCGUGUGGUCAGUCCCACCAGUGCCAUCUGAAUGCAUGGAGUUCAUUCCUCAUGACAACAAGGGAGUGAAAAUGCAUGUGCUACUAAUGGAACAGUAUUAAAAUAGGUUAUCUAAAAAGGUUUUUCUAGUCUGUGCUACUGCUUAGUUUGAAUAGCUGAAAGGCAGAAAGUGGCUGAGUCUUUUCUUUUAAGCCGUUUGCUGUGUUUGGAAUAGCACCACAACACAGUUAAAAGAAAAGUCAAAAAGAUUAUUAAUUGUACCCCAAAGUAUAUUCACCAGCGGAGGGUUUACCGUUAACAUACACUGCAUAUUCCAUAGCUCCACAACAAGAAUAGAUGGAGCUUGAAACUCCUUUUCCUAGAGUUUCUGGGCUGCAAAAUCUUCAGUGCUGAAGUGCUGAUUCCUUUUUUUUUUUUGUCUGUCAGCACAA